AUGCUCCUGCUCAACUCUCUGAAGUUCACCCAGAGCUUUCUUCCUUCUCUUGCCUGGCAGCGACUGCCAUUGCAAUGCAUGGCUAGCUACCGCCAUUACACCACACCCUUCAACCAGCGGCUAAGGAGGGAGAGAGCUAACGUCUUUUCCAGAUGCUCUUGCGUACAAACUCUCAGCUCGAGCUCCGCAUCAAGUGAUUCUUUAGUUUGCCCUACGAUAUCGGCCAAGCCUCUCAAGGAUCCUUUUGCUUCGAAGCUGCUAGUUGAUGCAGAGCAAGCGGAUGCAGCUCAGCCUCUUGCCGAGAGCAUUGUAGAGAAGCUCUCGCGCCAUGGGAUUGUGGUAGUGCCCAACUUUGUCUCGCCGGAACAUGUUGCGGAGAUGCGUACAGAAAUGCUGGAGAAGGAGGAGCGAGGCUUGUUCAAACAAGCAGACAUCGGCAGAGGGAGCGACCAGAAGCACAGGCCAGACGUGCGAGGGGAUGAGAUUGCCUGGAUCAACGGAGUGGAGGACGUCUCCUCCAGAGCCUCGCUCCGCUUCCUCGAGGAUCUCGAGCACAUCCGUCAGCUCAUAAACCGCGCGCUCUUCCUCGGCAUCUUCCAGCUCGAGUGUCACUUUGCCAGCUACUCCUCAGGAACCUUCUACGUCAAGCACCUCGACCAGUUCGACUUGAGCGAGCUGGAGGAGGCGAUGGAGGUGGUGCCGGUAGGAGGGACUCUUGUGUUGUUCCUCAGCGAGUGGUUCCCGCACGAGGUGCUUCUGAGCAAGAAGCAGCGAAGGAGUCUGACAGGAUGGUUUCUACGACGAGACUGA